AUGGCUAAUGAACAUCCACAAUCCAACCUUUCUCAUGCUGAGAAAAGUCUAACUUUUCAAUCAACACAACAAAGCUUAUAUAGCUCAGCAUUUGGACAUUCAUUUCUUUCCUCAUCGCCUCCACCUCGGAGUUCUAAAAGUACUAAUCCAGGUUUUGGGGCAUUGACAGAUGAUGAAGAUUGUGAUAAAGCAAUACGAAGUCUCGUUCUUGAGGACUCGCCAAAGGAAUCUAUUGUAUACAAGCCUACGCGUUCAGCAACUUUACCAACAUUACCAUCACAUAAUGAUCACAAUAGUAAUGGAUACUUAACCAAUGUUGCUGCUUCAACGUCAUCUCUUUGGACACCUUCAACAACACCUUUUUCAUCAAAUCCAUUGAACAAUACGGAAGGGUAUUUCUCACCUCAAACUUCCGAUCAAUAUUAUAAUAAUAAUGGCGGCUUAUUUGGAUCUAAUGUUCCUAAUGUUCGAAGAUCUACUACUAUAAGCAGUAUUCAAGGCAAUGGUACCAUACAUGAUGAUACUGGUCAUGUAAAAUUUGAUCAUGGUUUAGGAGGUCCAUUAGAUUAUCGCGACUCUAGUACAUCUACUGGAGCUGUAACGCCAUCUUCGCCUACAAACUAUUUAUCUCAAUCGCAUUUUCAAUAUAGACCUCGAUUAGAUGGAAAUGGUGGAAUAGUGAGUGAUGAUGGAGUUUCUGGGAGUAUGGCAUUAUAUGAUCCAUCAAAUAGUGAUGAAAUUAUACGAGAUAAUGGAAAAUAUACAUCAGGUAAUGACGGUAAGGACUUUAAUAAUGAGUUAAAAUUAGACAUUCGUAGCCUUCAAACUAUGAUGACAGCACCUCCAGGACUAGAUAAUUAUCGUACUAGUGUAAAUUCUAGUAAAAACAUUUUUGCGAGCGACAUGACAGGAAAUGGAGCAGGUGGACCAAUAACUGAUUUAACAAAUUCGUUGAACAGUAUGAAUAUAACUAAUGGUAGCAUAGAAAUUCGUAAAGAGACAUCCCCUGACAUUUCUAAUGUACAAGUAACAGGACAAUCGAUAACUAAUAAACAACCAAAGCCAACAUGGGCUAAUGUUGCCAAAUCAAGACCUCAACCUCCACCACCAGUAAAUACAUCUCAAGAAGUGAUAGGUGGAGCGUAUAGUGCAGCUAUUUCACCUUCAUCAGCAGUUUCACCCACGUAUGCAUCUAGACCAAUGUCAGCACCUACUGGAACUUGGACCAGUAAAAAUAAAAUUGUUGGAACACCUACACCUACAGGUAAUGGGAUUGGUAGUAUUUAUACACCAAAUCCCAUGAUGAGUAUUCCACCAACACCAAGUUCGAGUAAAAAAGAUAU